AUGGUUGAACAUCUUAGUCAAGUGCAGUCAAGUGCAUCGGUUAUUGCGUCGAUCAACGACCAAUCGAUCUCUGCAUCUGGUAAAUCAUCUGAGCUGGGUCAGGACGACGCACCUGAGUUGGAUCAGGCUGCCACCAAACGCCGUAAGAGAAAUCGCCAAAAAGAGAACAAAAAGACUCAACAACUGGAGGAACUUAAGUUCCCGAUUGGCAUGGAGAAUGGAGAUCAUUCUGAGACCUUACCUGCGCAACCCAUGGACGUGAAUGCGGAAAAUUCUUGCGAACAAAUUCAAAACACUUCAGGACAGCAUAAAAGGAGAAACCGAAAACGAAGUAAGCAUGCCAAACAACAGGACGAAGCAAAUGGAGCGAUUUCUGCAGGGAACAAUGAAGUGUCAAAUUCACUAUCUACGCAGCCAUAUAAAUUACUUUGGAGCGAAUUGAGUGCGGUUGACUUACAGCUGAAUCAAAGAACCCGCGAAGUAUCGAAAAAACUGUGUAAAAAGAAGUAG